CCCUCUUUCAUCUCCCCAUUGCAACUCGCUCACAUUUUUCAUAUCCACCAAGCUACCUCUUUGCUUUGCUUUUUUUAUUUUCUUUGUGUCUUUCUUUUUUGGACAUUUUCUUAAUUUUCACCAUGCAACAAGCGAUUCCAUACAAGUCCUGGCCUCUGCCAUGCGCCACCACUACUUCCCAUCGUGCCCCAUCGACACUUGGCCACAACAACCUCGUACUAAGCAGAGGAGGAGGCAGCAAGGACGUGCUUAAUAUUGUGUUAGAGAACGCUGUGAUUGUGUUCGCCAGGAAGGGUUGCUGCAUGAGCCAUGUAGUGAGGCGUUUGCUACUGGCGCUGGGAGUGAACCCUGCGGUUUAUGAGAUUGAUGACAAGGAUGAGGUUGGUGUUUUGAAUGAAUUGGAGAUGAUCUGCAAAGGUGAUGGAAAGGAUAAAAAGGUGCAGCUUCCAGCUGUGUUCAUUGGUGGGAGAUUGUUUGGGGGAUUGGAUAAAGUAAUGGCUACUCAUAUUAGCGGAGAGUUGGUUCCUGUGUUGAAAGAUGCAGGGGCCUUGUGGCUUUGAUUGAUUCAGUUUUGUGACAUCUUCUUCUUUUUUUUUUUUUUUUUUUCCUUUAUAGGGUUGGUUGGAUAAUUCUGGACUCUAAAAGAGCCUGCUAGCUAGAAAAUGGAAGGUUAUUUUUUUGGUUUUAGAAUUAACCCAAUUGGGUGUGUAACUUUGUUACAGAGAAAUACAAAUCAAGAUAGUAGAUCUUGUGUUCUUCUUCCUCUGUUUCUAGAUUUGUUAAUUUGAUUAGAAUGAUCCUCAAGGAAUUGGAUGAUUUUGAGCUA